AUUUAACAUAGCCUUAGCCUAACCUAAAAAUAUUUUUUUUAAAUACAAUUUAUUUGAAUUGAAUUGUUUCUUUUGUUUUGUGGUUUCAGGUGUCAGUUCCCAUCAUUAGUCAGUUUUUGAACGUUGUGUUUCAUAACAAAAGCUUUCAAGAAAGUAUUACGUUCUUCAUAAUAAAAACGAUGGACCCCAACAGCAAUAUGCCGUGUUGGUACUUUGAGAAGAAAGAAUUAAGAAACACACCAUCCAUCCAAGAUGGCAUUGACUAUGAUACCGAGUGCCGAUACAGGAAAGAAGGGGCCAGAUUCAUUAUUGACACAGGAACCAAAAUGGACUUAGGAUACAAUACCAUGGCUACAGGCGUUGUUUACUUCCAUAGAUUCUACAUGUACCACUCUUUCAGAAACUUUCCUCGCUAUGUGACAGCAUGUUGCUGUUUAUUUUUAGCUGGGAAGGUUGAAGAAACACCAAAAAAGUGCAAAGAUAUCAUUAAGACUGCCAAAAGCCUCCUAACAGAACAAAAAUUUGCUACAUUUGGUGAAGAUCCGAGGGAAGAAGUAAUGACUCUAGAAAGGAUUCUACUUCAGACAAUCAAAUUUGAUCUUCAAGUUGAACAUCCUUACAGCUUUCUUCUUAAGUACGCUAAAAGUUUGAAAGGAGACAAAGCCAAGCUGCAUAAAAUGGUUCAGAUGGCAUGGACAUUCGUUAAUGACAGCCUGUGUACAACCUUGAGUCUCCAGUGGGAGCCGGAGGUGAUUGCUGUGGCGCUGAUGUACUUGGCUGGUAAACUGAGCAAGUUCGAGGUGGUUGACUGGAUGGGCCGGACAAGCAAGCACCUGCGAUGGUGGGACAUGUUUGUAGAAGAUAUCACUAUGGAUCUACUAGAAGACAUCUGCCAUCAAGUGCUGGACUUGUACUCUCAGAACAACCCCCAGCCCCAGGACUCGCCCCCGUUAGUGCGUCAUCCCCCUCCUGCUCUAGCCAGCCCUGCACCCUCACUGGCCUUCCCCGCCCACAACUCUCCCGCAGGACCUCCUCCAGUGUUGUCUGCAAAACCAAUCAAGAGUGAGGGGAAGUUGAACAGCAAUGGUGAGAAGAUCCCCACAGUGACUGGCGGGGUGGUUUCUGCCUCGGACAGCAAGUCUGCGGGUGAACUGUACGGGUACCCUGGGUACACGCAGCCUCCACCCGCCUUCAGUACCCGUCCUCCACCCGCACAGUUCCCCGCUACCUACCCUGCCAGUAAUCCACCUCCCCACACUUACCCUGCAGGCUACUACCCUCCAACCAACCACUCUCAACCGAGACCCCCCUACUAAGUCAUUUGUGCAUGUUGUAUAUAGGUGUGUAUUUUUAUGUAUUUUUUAUGAAAGUAAAUCGUGAAAGAU